AUAAGAACAGCUGACCAACAAAGAAAUAGUAAAACUACGUAAAAGAUACAACAAAUACGAUAAUUUCCAUAAUUUUCGUUGUCGAAAGGAAAACUUUAUUUUGUUUGAAUAAAUUCGCAAAAUUAUAGCAUAAAAUGGCCUUAGCUAAUGUUUUAUUGCUAAGCCAAAUAACAGGACAUGUUAUUGUGGUUAUCUUGGCUCUGUGCAUGAUUGUUCCCCUUAGUUUAAAUAUGCGAGAUUUUUGCGGUCAUUGUUUGUUAUUUACAACAGGCAAAUGGCGUGAGGAGGAUGGAAUGUUUGAUCCCCAAUGGGCUUCUUCAGAUUUUUGUAACUUUCCCUUGGUCACGGGCGUUCUUAUGGCUCUCAUUUCUUCCAUACAAAUCUAUCGUUAUGUGCGCAUGAAAGAUGAAGAAUCAUUUUUGGGCCUAUUCAUCGAUGUCGUGCUAAGCACUUGGAUAUUGGCAAUGUGUAUUAUUUCAUCCAUUAUGAUAACAUUGGGUUUCAUUGUUUGGUGUGAUGGUAUGACUGAACGUUUUCCAACGUGUGAAAUAACGGCGGGGCAAAAUAUUAUACAUGCAAAUACCGAUAAUAUAGAGAAUUCUGGAUUUUACAUCGAAAUGGGAACGGCACAGUUUGGUGCCUGGGGUGCAUUUGCCAUCAACGUCGGCAUUGGAGUUAUUGCCCUCCUGAAACUAAUCAAUAAUCAUCAAGUGCGCAACAUCAAAGUCUCCAUGUAUUUGGAACGUCAACGCCUGGUAAAUCAACAUCAGGUUCAACAAGAUGGUCGUUCCACACCACCGGCUAUGUCCUCAAGUGAUUCCGAGCAAGUAAAAUAGUUGAGUCGUUCAGAGGAAGACUGUCUUGGUACAUUGUGUCAUAACAAUCACAGUCUCGAUCAAGAAAUUGUAUUUUUAUGUUUUAUAAUUUGUAUAUGUUUUCUACUAUUAUUAUCUCAUUUUAUUGUAAUUGUCAUGUUAAAUGCCACCUCGAUGCGUAGUGGUGGUAUUUUGUAAAAUAAGUUUAAUUCACACUCCAUUUAUACUAGAUCUGUUUACUAUUUAUUAAGAUGCCAAAAAAAAAAAUAAGACAUAGAAGGAAAAUGUAGUAUUGAUUAUCGAUUUAAUCUCAUAUUUAUAUAGAAAAUAAAAAUAUUUCCAAUAUCAAUUAUGAUGGGCCAAUAAGAUGUUGCCCAAUAUACACAUUAUUUACUGCGAAUAAAAAAAAAACAAAAACGUAAAUCAACAAGAA